AUGUCCCCCUGGAAACCGAAAGUAGGAAGUGGUGAGCACAGUGACCCUAAGAGCCAGCGUAAGGAUCCUCGACGGCGAUGGCUGUUUGUCACUGGGCUCCCCGUCACUGCGGGCAGGCUGUAUGUUACGGCAAUGAUGUUCAACAUCUGUGCGCUUUCAAGCGGGUGGAUCAAUAUCGAUGACCAGCACGUUACCCUCUCAACGUGGAUGGCCGUCUUACAAGCCGUAUCGCUCACCGUUGCGGUCUCCGGAUAUAUCGCCUACCUGGUACUGAUGCGGCGUUAUGAUGGACGAGUCGCUGUCUUCUGGAUUAGCGUCCUGGGCUGGCUAAUAGCUGCUGCACUCCUGUUUAGCAUCGUCGGUGUUGUCGUGCAGCGACACCGCCACCUACCGCUCCAAUCCCGGCCAGAAUAUACUCAGGCCUUCUAUUAUGGCGUCUUUGCUGCGGGGCUAUAUGCGCUAGUGGCUCUCCUGCUGGCGGUGUAUGUGGUGGGUGCGCCCCGGAUCCAGCUCAGUCGCCGGGAUUGCCGUCGUGUACAGCGGAUGAAUAUUAUCCUGCGAUCUCUUUGUUUGGCGACUGUGCUUCUCGUUGGAGCUGCCAUCUACCGUGCAGUGGAGGGCUGGUCGUUGCUGGAUGCGUUGUAUUUCGCCGACUUCACCAUCCUCACCAUCGGCAUCGGCAAUCUUGUUCCCCACACCCACCUAGGCCGCAGCCUACUAUUUCCCUAUGCCACUGCCGGGAUUAUUACGCUGGGCCUGAUGGUUAGUUCCGUGCUGUCAUUCACCCGCGACAUGCGUGAAAUGAAGCUGCACCUGCAGAUGGCCCAGAUGUGCGAUCACUGGGGGAAGAGCGCAACCUCCGAGGACCGUGAGUCUCCUUUGCCCCGGGCCUCGCAGGUGCGCGAGAUGCAUCACAUCAAGUCCCAGUUCCGUAACAGUUUAUACCGGAAAGAGCUGAUCUUCUUCCUGCUCGCCUGGUUGGUGCUUUGGUUUCUCAGUGCAGUGGUGUUCCGUGCCUCCGAGCAGCAGCAGGGCUGGUCCUACUUUCUCGCCCUCUAUUUUACCUAUACCUCGCUCACCACUAUCGGAUACGGCGACUUAUAUCCCACCAGAAGUCUUGGUAAGGUCUUUUUUGUCUUUUGGUCGUUGCUCGUUUUGCCAAUCCUCACGAACCUUGUAAUGGCCAUGGGCGAAUUCCUGCACCACGUCCUGGUCUUCUGUUCCACCGCGCUGUGGAAAAAUAUCGUCGUCGUCGCCUCUGUGGUGUACAAGCCCUGCCUUCGAUUUUCCCAUAGGGAACAAAAUCAUGAUUCCCGUCAGCUACCUGUACAGAACUCCCACUCGAUUCCAUCGCUACCAGACCACGAUAUGGAGAGUGCUGGUAGACUAACGCUCUCCGCCUCCCAAUCUACCCAAGGCGACGGGGUACCGCAGAGCCUUCUCCGCCUUCUGAUAGUUGAGGAGAUGGCAUGGCUAGCUUCCAUGCUUCGCGAUAGUCGGUGCACUGAAGACCUUGGGGUUACCAGGUCUCGGAUUGUCUCGCUGCUGCAUUCGGGCGAGCAGGAUGUUGGCCCUCUCGACCCCGCCUGGCUCAUGACGUCGUCACCAGCGUCACAUCAUCAUCAUGAACAGAUGAUAAGGAGCUUCCUCGAUCGCCAACAUUACGUGGAGGACAGAAACACGGAGGUUGUCUGGAUGCUAACGUUUUUAAUCAAUAAGCUGCGUGCCGACUUGGAAACUGAUGGACGGUAA